UUUUUUUUGUUAACUUUUGCUAAAUAAAUUAACGGAGACUGUAGACGGGGGGUGGGUAUUUGAAUUGGAGGUGGAUGUUUUCUGUGAUCAAUCUAUGCUUAGCGGCGGAGUAAGGUGGUUGCGCUCCUCGGAGCGAUUCAAGUUUCUGACAACGUCAUUCUCCACCAACGCCAAGACCACUUAUUAUUCCUUUUGCACUUCAUCAGCCAACAAGAACAACAACAAAAACAUGAUCGUUGAUGAAAGGUAUCGGCAGCUGGAGAAUCUGGACAUGGUGACUGCCGCUAAGAUCCUUUUCAGCGACCCCCCUAAGAAGAGGAAGUUUGGGUUUGAUUUCCAUCUUGUACAGUUCUUUUUUGCGUGCUUGCCUUCCGUGGCUGUAUAUUUGGUGGCACAGUAUGCUCGUUAUGAAAUGAGAAAAAUGGAAGUGGAAGUGGAGCAGAAAAGGAAGCUGAAAGAAGAAGAAGAAGCGAAGGAAAAAGAAAAAGAAAUGGAACUAAACCCUCCAGAGGAAAAGGAAGAAAAAUCUGAUCCCCAGCUUGCACAGGUGAAAGUAAGACUUGAGAAACUUGAAGAGGCUGUGAAGGAGAUUGUGGUUGAAACAAAGAAACAUUCAGGCAGCAACCUUGGAGAAAAUCAGGCAACUGAUGAUGAGAAAAAACGCCUAAAUUCUUCUGCACCAAGGGACCCAAGUACCACUGAUUCUGCAUCAAAUAAAGCUGUAGAUGAAGACCAUUCUGGUAAGCGUGAUAUUCUCAAGUCAAAGCCCAAAUUACGUGAAGAGACCAAGGGUUCAGUAGCAACUCCAAAUCCUUCUCUUCAGGAUCCCAAGGGAAACCAAAGUGGAGGGGCUUCAUAAGAUUACCUAACCUGUGAAUCCUCCUUCAUCUGCCAAAGAAUUUUCAAGUUUUAUUGGGAAGGAAGAUUUAAAUGGGAAAGCUAUUGCUGGUGCAUUAGUUAAGUUGCCAUAUGUGGAAUCUAGAAAGCAAUUCCUAGUUGGACUCUAAGCUGUCUGCAAUCAUGUAAGAAUCCAGUAAAUAGAUUUUUUCUAGGCUAUGAUCAUUUUGAAUGCUUUGGGGAGUGAACUUUGGAUGCAUCUCUUCAUCCUCUACCUUUAAUGUAAGUCCUCUAAGUUCAGUUUAGUUCUUCAACAUUUUUUUAUUGAAUUAAGUCCUCUAAGUUAUUUUUUUUUAUUCCAAAA